AUGCGAUCGCGGUCACGCAACCAAAACAAUCUGCGAAGCGACAAGGGUCAUCGCAUCGGCUCAACUAAGAACCAUCUUCAGACAUCAUGCCAACCGCUGUUUGUCCGCGGGCAGCCAGUCGAGAACCUCUAUGCGGGAGAAAUGAGACGUCACGUCUCCCAGCCCUGCAACAACACUAUCGCCAAUGCCUGUGAACAACGCCUUCGCUGGCGAUCUUCAUCAGCCCAUAGCCCAGGUGUGGCAUCGGAAGCUUCACCAGCAACACUCCGCAGCUUACACAGCAUUGGGCUUACUUCAGACGGCACUACAUAUGCCAGGAGCUGCGGCUUUCGGUACCUCAGACCUACUGUGCAGCUUGUUCACUUCGAGCUGAUGGACUUCAACGUCCGAGGCUCAACUCGACAGCUCAAGACGCCAAAAGGGACACCCUACAUGGCUCGCUCAGGACCGGCAACCUCGAUUAUCAUGUCAGAAAGAGCAGGGAACAUUGGAAACAAAGGUCCUACUGCUGUUGAACCUACCUCAUCAUCGAUCAUGACGAGAACAGGAUCAUGA